GGGUGCAGGAGAAGAUCUUUUCCAUAAUUCCUGCUGUAUUUCAACAUCAAUCUGUUCCUCUGAGCGACAGGACAGGACAACUCAGAAGACCUAGGGAGCCAGAAGUUCUGCUGCCUACAAAAAUCCCAGCAUGAGGCUCAUUUUCAAUCUGUUCUUGGGAUGGUGGCUGACUCAGCAUAGAUGGAUGGCUGAAGGGCAACGUCAACUUUAUCCCGCACCUUCCAUCUCGGUCAAUCCCAGUAACGUGGUUGCUGUGGGAGAGAAUAUAAUCAUCAGUUGUAAGAGGGAUUGGAACGCAAAAGAGAAAUCCACUUUCUAUCUAAGGAAAGAUAAUAAUAGAUUCAUAGCUGAAGCUGAUACCGAGGACAAUGAGGUUGAAUUUCAUAUUUCCAAUGUCCAAGAAUCACAUCAGGGAAGAUACGAAUGUAUGUAUCGUAUAUAUCAAACUUGGUCAUCCUACAGCAAGCCAGUUUAUAUCUUUGUGCGAAAUACUGAGAUGAUGAAUCCCACCAUGAAGACGAUACCCGGAGGGUCCAGUGGUUCAGAUCCAGAGAUGAUGACUCCCACCAUGAAGACGAUACCCGGAGGGUCCAGUAGUUCAGGUAUUAUUAACACAUACAUAUGGGUACGUUUGGCUGUGAGUCUUUUCCUGCUUGUCUUGUCACUACUGGUCACGGUAUGGUACAAAAGAAGAAAAAACCUCGGAUGCAGGAGAACAUCUGGAUGAAGUCUCCUCUGUUAUUUUGAAUCACCAGCCACAGAAAACCCAACAGGCAACCAAUCCUAGGCAAAGCUCCGAACUUUACUGAUAUGCACCAGUGGUCAAAAAUACACAGAAAACCCAACAGGCAACCAAUCCUAGGCAAAGCUCCGAACUUUACUGAUAUGCACCAGUGGUCAAAAAUACAAAAAAGACUUUGAGGGGAUGACUCCUGAGAUGAAUACAAGAAUGGCUUACUACUAUUUCCCCACUGAUGUGUAAUUAUGGAUGCCAAAUCUAAGCACCGGAAUAUACUGGGGGCUCCAGAAAUGAGGUCAUCAGAAUGGUCUUGACUAUGUUACUUCGGACAGUGAAGUAAGCUUCAACCUUCAACUGUCUACUGUGGACCUUACCCCAUUCCUCAGAGGUCCGUAAAGGGUGCAUGCGUAAGUGUGCUAGCCUGCCUAAUGUCCCUGUCCUACUGUCCCCAUCAAUUUGUAUUCAUUUCUACCCAUGUUUAUAUUUAUGCCUUCUAUCUUGUCCAUGUUUGACAAACUAAUAAAUACAAAUAUUUCUUCACCACUUCCGAUUGUACUUUCGAUGCCCUCGGAAGCCUGAUCUGCAAACCCUGCUGUCAGCUCCGACCUCUCUCUGUUGGAGGGUCACAUUUCGGACAAUAGUCACCCUGAAGCGCUACUGAAGUAAGGUGGGACUACCUGGCUGGUUGAGGAGAGCCACAUAUCUCCUCCCUGACUGGAAAAGCCCCCACAUCUGAAGACGAGGAGCAGCAGUGUUGAGGCCUCAGAAAGUCCUCAACUUACGACCUAGAGGCUAACAACAAGCCAAGCUGCGCCCUGAUUGGCUAAGAUGCGGCUUGGCUAAGCGUGGGCCACUAGGGGCGCACUUAUUGGCUUUCCCUGCUUGACAGCUCCGUAUAAAUAGCUGUCAAGUAGGGAAGGUGCUGAAUCGCCUUGUACAUAGUUCUAACCUGUA